AUGAAAAACACAAGAUCAAAUUAUUAAACCUGUGAAGAGCCAGAACAUGAAUCUGAAUUUUUAAACAUGGUUUGUAUAGAUGAAGAGUGUAAUAGACGAUAAUUAUUAUGUUGUUAUUGUAAAGAAAAUCAUUAAACCUGUAAAUCAAUAGCAUUAAAAAGAUUUGUUAAAUAAUUUUCAGAUUAGAUAAAUUAGAUGGGUUAAUAAGAGAUAUAGAAAUAUUAACAUAAUGAGUAUAAAUUAUAAAUUAAUUGAAGUUUGAUAUUAAAUUUUGAAAAAAUAGAAGAGACAAUGGAAUACUCCCAUAAUUUAAUAAAUGACAUAUUCAAUAAAACUAAAUAAGCAUUAAAUGAGUAUAUAAAAUAUAUUAAUAAGUGCAAAAAAAGUAUUGAAUUAGUAGUUAAAUGAUGAUAGUUAAAAGAAGAAUUAAAGUGUAUUAUUAUAAAAGUUUGAGUAAGAGCCAAGUUAAAUAAAUUUUAAGAGAUUGAUUGAUGAAAUAGAAUCAUUUAAACCUAAUAGUGAGAAGAUGUCAUUUGUAAUUAAGAGAUAUUAACCUAAUUAAAUGAGUUAAUAGAAUAUAAAAAAUGGAAAGAUUUAUGCUUAAUAAUAUUAAAGUGCAGCAAAUACAUUUACUGAAUAAUUUUUGAAUUUUCAUGAAGUUUUGAGAAAGAAUAUUUAAGAUUUUUUCAUUAAUACUCCUUCAAGAAUAACAGAAUAAGAUAAUAAUAAUAGUAAACCAUUUGAUAAAUUUAAAUCAAAUAACAUGUUUACAUCAGUAUAACCUAUAAAUUUCAAUAAAUAAAAAGAAAAAUAAAUAAAUAGAAUAGAUAAUGAUAAGGAAGUGAAUGAAAUAAACGAAAAAGUUAAAUAAAAUAAAAUUUUUAAAAAUAUAGAGAAAGAUCAAGAGAGAGAAUAAUUAAUUGAUAAAAAUAUUUAGGAUAGUAAGGUGAAUGAAUAAAUAGAAAGAAAAGGUAAAAAUGAUUAAAUAAAGUAGGAAUAUUAUAAUAGAAAGAGAAUAAAUCUAAAUAAAUGACAGUUAUUGAGGUAAAUGAAUAUAAAAAGUUUAAUUUAAUGCCAGAAUAAUAAGAAAUAAUAAAAUUAAUAUUCAUUAAUAAAUAAUUUAUAGGAGGACUAUCUAAAAAGAACUUUAAAGUGUUUGAUAUAUCUAAUUUUGAAUAAUAAACAAAUAUUCAAUCAGUAAAUGAAAAUGAAUUUACAGAUGUGGCCUAUUUAGAAUUGAAUGAAGAGAAUGAUUAACUAUAUUUGGCAACAAAAUUAGGAUNUAAAUCAAUAGCAUUAAAAAGAUUUGUUAAAUAAUUUUCAGAUUAGAUAAAUUAGAUGGGUUAAUAAGAGAUAUAGAAAUAUUAACAUAAUGAGUAUAAAUUAUAAAUUAAUUGAAGUUUGAUAUUAAAUUUUGAAAAAAUAGAAGAGACAAUGGAAUACUCCCAUAAUUUAAUAAAUGACAUAUUCAAUAAAACUAAAUAAGCAUUAAAUGAGUAUAUAAAAUAUAUUAAUAAGUGCAAAAAAAGUAUUGAAUUAGUAGUUAAAUGAUGAUAGUUAAAAGAAGAAUUAAAGUGUAUUAUUAUAAAAGUUUGAGUAAGAGCCAAGUUAAAUAAAUUUUAAGAGAUUGAUUGAUGAAAUAGAAUCAUUUAAACCUAAUAGUGAGAAGAUGUCAUUUGUAAUUAAGAGAUAUUAACCUAAUUAAAUGAGUUAAUAGAAUAUAAAAAAUGGAAAGAUUUAUGCUUAAUAAUAUUAAAGUGCAGCAAAUACAUUUACUGAAUAAUUUUUGAAUUUUCAUGAAGUUUUGAGAAAGAAUAUUUAAGAUUUUUUCAUUAAUACUCCUUCAAGAAUAACAGAAUAAGAUAAUAAUAAUAGUAAACCAUUUGAUAAAUUUAAAUCAAAUAACAUGUUUACAUCAGUAUAACCUAUAAAUUUCAAUAAAUAAAAAGAAAAAUAAAUAAAUAGAAUAGAUAAUGAUAAGGAAGUGAAUGAAAUAAACGAAAAAGUUAAAUAAAAUAAAAUUUUUAAAAAUAUAGAGAAAGAUCAAGAGAGAGAAUAAUUAAUUGAUAAAAAUAUUUAGGAUAGUAAGGUGAAUGAAUAAAUAGAAAGAAAAGGUAAAAAUGAUUAAAUAAAGUAGGAAUAUUAUAAUAGAAAGAGAAUAAAUCUAAAUAAAUGACAGUUAUUGAGGUAAAUGAAUAUAAAAAGUUUAAUUUAAUGCCAGAAUAAUAAGAAAUAAUAAAAUUAAUAUUCAUUAAUAAAUAAUUUAUAGGAGGACUAUCUAAAAAGAACUUUAAAGUGUUUGAUAUAUCUAAUUUUGAAUAAUAAACAAAUAUUCAAUCAGUAAAUGAAAAUGAAUUUACAGAUGUGGCCUAUUUAGAAUUGAAUGAAGAGAAUGAUUAACUAUAUUUGGCAACAAAAUUAGGAUAUAUUAGUAUAUAUGAUAAAAAAGGAAUAAAUAAAAUAAAAUUUGACAUAAUUUAAGGUUAUAAAUUAGAUGGAGAAGGAAUAAUGAAAAUUUUGGUGAAUCCAAUUGAUCAAUAUUUAUUUUGUGUAGGAUCAUCUAAAAUAGUAUAAAUUUUAUCAUUAAGAACAAUGGAAAUACUUAAGAAGAAGUUAGGAUUAUAAAAUUAUCCAACAGCAUUUUAUUCAGACCAAAAAAAUAUUUUUAUUGGAGGUACUAAAUUCAUAUAGGUAUGGGAUUAUAGAUCAGGAAAUGUUUAAUAAUGGAAUAAUGUAGAAUAAAAAGUUACAGCAUUUGUUGCAUAUUAAUCUAAAUUAUUUGUAAGUUUAGAAGAUAAAGUUUAAAUUUAUACUUAAACUUUGUUGAAUGAAUUUCAACUAUUUCAUGAAGUCUCUUUUGGAAAUAUAAGUACAUUUCAAAUACUCAAUUCAUCACCUUUUUUAAUUAUUUCAUAUACUGAAGUUUCUCCAUCAUUUAUUACUUAAAACUAAAUUCCAAAGACUUCAUUGUAUAAUUAUAUUGAACAAAUACCUCAAAAAGUCAUACUUUAAGAACUCUUUAAAUGUUGUGUUGUUGGAGUAUAUAAUGGAGUGGAAUACUGUGUUUUAGGUCUGGAAAAUGGAUACUGUAAUAUAUAUAAAAUGGAACUGAGAUAUGAGCCUUUAUAAUGA